AUGCAAAAGCCCCGGCACGACGUGGACGCAGCCAGCCGCUUGAGGAAGCGCACUAUUAGGGUCAUGGACCGGCCAGCAUUCUCCUUCACAUGCGGCAAGGGUAACUUCCACCCGCAACCAUUCUUUCACAGGAGCGGCCUCGCUGGCAAUGCGAUGAUGGUCUGCAACCACGUCGAGGCAUGUGCUGCGUGGGUUUUCUGA